AUGAAUCGCAGUGGACUAACAAGGGUGCGAGUGGUGGAGGGUAGUGGAACAGCAAGCUAUGGCGACUUGUCAAGACCUAGUCUAGGAGGAACAAGAGCGGAGAUGGGUGGGCCAUGUGUGACAAGGCUGUUGUCACGCACGUUGAACAAGGCAUGGCCUUGGCUUCAGCAACGAAAGUUCUCAAACGGCAGAUCGAACGAUUUCGCACGGCGCUACGAAGCCAUGAUUCGAGAUGAAGUGAUAAGAGAGGACGAGAGGCAGAGGAAUUUGUUGAGGACUUUAUCAUUGAUCUUCUCAAGAAUAAGAAAGGAGGCGGCAAUUUCAGACGGGCCCAAGUCAAACAGCGUCGCGAAGGCAAGGAAGGGUUGUUACAUCCACGGACCUGUCGGAGCUGGGAAGACAAUGCUAAUGCACAUGUUCUAUGAGAGUGUUCGCAGCCUAGUUCCCACUCGACGAAUUCACUUCCAUGAGUUCAUGCUUUCAAUUCAUUCACGCAUACACACCUGCAAGCAAACCCGACCAGGAGUUUCUGCGAUUCAGGAGGUGGCGCGGGAGAUGGCUCGCGAGAGUGAAGUUUUGUGCCUUGAUGAAGUUCAGCUUGUGGACAUCGCAGAUGUUGCCAUCCUCUCUCAGAUUUUGCCUGUCCUGUGGCAGCAUGGCGUCUGCAUGAUUGCAACGUCAAAUGUUCCUCCGAGCAGGUUAUUCGAGGGCGGGUUGAACAGACAUGUUUACAUGCCCAAGCUAGAGAGGCUUCUUGCUGACCAUUGCUUCAUCUUCGACAUGUCAUGCAGUGGGGUUGAGGACAGGGAUCAUCGCCAAGACGCGCGGCCUGCACCCGGGCUGUACCGACUCUCGAACGCAAGGGAAUCCUUUGACAGCUUGUCAGUCAUGUGGACUUUCCUUUCUGCUCUGGACUGUCAGAGAAAUAUAAUCCAGCAACAUCACAGUGAGAGUGGCAGGAUUUCUCUACCUUACGGGAGAAGUUUGCUCGCUAAGAAGUUGGGGAGGAGAAUCAUUUGGUUAGAGUUUGCUUCCCUCUUCAACAGUGCAACUGGCGCAACAGACUUCCUGACGAUCGCCAACAGAUUCGACGUAUGCAUCCUCUCCGGAGUUCCAAGUUUUGAUCUUCACAUGCACAAUGAGGCGAGGAGGUUCAUGAACUUCAUUGACAUCUUGUACGAUGAAGGCUGCGGCCUGAUCAUCUCGGCAGAAAAACCUGCGAAUGAACUUCUGAAGGAUGUUGUCGAAUCCGAGGAUCACCAGCUUCUUCAUCCUCUUCCUGCCACCGUCGACAGCCCAGAGCUCGCUGUACUUCGUCGAGGGGGCGCAUCCUCGAGCGCAGCAACGACCUACAUCGGAGAUACGGAAUGGAGCAGCACUGGGAGGUUGGGAGUUUCUCUAGCGGCUCUGUCGGCUGUCAAGGAGCUCUCGUUCUCCAAGCACAGAGCGGUGAAGUAG